UAGUCCACGCACGUCUUUCUAUAAUCAUUAUAUUUCCAGCCAUGUAGAUCUCAACGAAUCUGCCUUUUUAAAUUCCCGUGUGGAAGAAGAUCGACAGUCGUUUGAACAAUUGCGGAGAUCGUCGCUGAUCAUGUCAGGGAAGGAGGAGCGUAAUGGAUCCACAAGCAUCGACGUCGACUCCGGCGGCGCCCGCCUCCAUGAGCUCGGGUACAAGCAGGAGCUCAAGCGCGAUCUCUCGGUUCUGUCGAACUUCGCGUUCUCGUUCUCGAUCAUCUCCGUGCUGACGGGCAUCACCACGCUCUACAACACCGGGCUCCGGUACGGCGGGACGGUCACCAUGACCUACGGGUGGUUCGUCGCCGGCUUCUUCACCAUGUUCGUGGGGCUGUCGAUGGCGGAGAUCUGCUCAUCCUACCCGACUUCCGGCGGAUUGUACUACUGGAGCGCCAGGCUCUCCGGACGGGAAUGGGCGCCUUUCGCCUCCUGGAUCACUGGAUGGUUUAACAUUGUUGGGCAGUGGGCUGUUACAACCAGUGUAGACUUCUCGCUAGCCCAGUUACUUCAAGUGAUUAUCUUACUUAGUACGGGUGGAAACAAUGGAGGAGGGUAUUCAGCUUCCAAAUACGUGGUCAUUGCUUUCCAUGGGGGAAUUCUCUUCGUCCAUGCUAUAAUAAACAGCCUUCCUAUCAGUUGGCUAUCAUUAUUUGGACAGUUAGCUGCUGCAUGGAAUUUAUUAGGUGUGUUCGUCCUAAUGAUCCUGAUACCUACUGUUGCCACUGAAAGGGCCAGCGCUAAAUUUGUCUUCACUCAUUUUAACACUGAAAAUGAUGCCGGAAUCCACAGCAAAUUCUACAUCUUUGUUUUAGGGCUUCUAAUGAGCCAAUACACAGUGACGGGAUAUGAUGCAUCUGCUCACAUGACAGAGGAAACUAAAAAUGCAGACAAGAAUGGUCCGAAAGGAAUAAUUAGUUCCAUUGGCAUAUCAAUCGUUGUUGGUUGGGGCUACCUCCUCGGUAUCACAUUCGCAGUUACCAAUAUUCCCUAUCUUUUAAACCCUGACAAUGAUGCCGGUGGUUAUGCAAUUGCUGAAGUAUUCUAUCUCGCCUUCAAAAAUAGAUACGGAAGUGGCGUUGGUGGAAUUGUUUGCUUAGGUAUUGUAGCGAUUGCGAUAUUCUUUUGUGGCAUGAGUUGUGUGACAAGUAACUCCAGAAUGGUAUACGCAUUCUCUCGAGAUGGAGCCAUGCCUUUAUCAUCAUUCUGGCACAAAGUCAACAAACAAGAAGUUCCAAUAAAUGCAGUUUGGCUCUCUGCUUUCAUAGCAUUUUGCAUGGCGUUGACGUAUCUGGUAAGUAUGGUGGCGUUCCAAGCAAUGGUGUCAAUAGCCACCAUUGGACUCUACAUUGCCUAUGCACUGCCUAUUUUCUUCCGAGUGACCUUGGCACGCAAUAGGUUUGUGCCCGGACCCUUCAACCUCGGCCGCUACGGUGCCUUUGUUGGUUGGGUUGCUGUCCUUUGGGUUGCGACCAUCACUGUCUUCUUCUCCUUGCCCGUUGAGUAUCCUAUAACCAAGGACACCCUCAACUAUACCCCCGUUGCGGUCGGUGGCCUCUUCGUCCUCACCAUCGGAUCGUGGUUGCUGACUGCGAGGCACUGGUUCAAGGGCCCAGUCACCAACAUCAAUUCUUAACAGAAAGGCCACACAGGAGCAAUAGAAAGUUCACACAAUGUCAAUUGUUAAGCUCGAGAUGCGUGAUGCCCAUUCCAUGUGCAAUUCUUUCAACAUUGAACUGUCAUCACAGAUAAUAAUGUAGAAUCCAAAUGAGAAUGAAACUAAUUACUUGAAUCCAAAUGCUCUCGAAUUCAUGGCA